AACCACUGCUGAGGUCAUAGAAUCUUCCCUCUCCUCCCUCUGUCUCCUCAUUGCCACAGCCAACCGGCUCCCACAUAUCUGCACACACUUAAAUACAAAGGCCGGGAAGGGUCAGACCACCAUCCGGGUACUCUAAGUCCUCCCUCCCCCUCCUCCUUCACCCCCAAGUGUUUCCCACAACUGCCCUCCCCCACCUCUAGCUGACCAUGGCAUCAGAGGCAGAGAAAACAUUCCAUCGGUUUGCUGCGUUUGGAGAAUCAUCAAGCAGUGGCACUGAAAUGAACAACAAGAACUUCUCCAAGCUGUGCAAAGACUGUGGCAUCAUGGAUGGCAAGACAGUCACCUCCACGGACGUGGACAUCGUGUUCAGCAAAGUCAAGGCCAAGAACGCCCGAACCAUCACGUUUCAACAGUUCAAAGAGGCAGUGAAGGAACUGGGCCAGAAGCGCUUCAAAGGGAAGAGUCCAGAUGAAGUCCUGGAGAACAUUUAUGGACUCAUGGAGGGCAAAGACCCAGCCACCACUGGCGCUACUAAAGCAACAACAGUGGGUGCAGUGGACCGUUUGACAGACACCAGCAAGUACACCGGCACCCACAAGGAGCGCUUUGAUGAGAGUGGCAAGGGCAAGGGCAUUGCGGGACGGGAAGAGAUGACUGACAACACAGGCUAUGUGAGUGGUUACAAGGGUUCUGGCACCUAUGAUAAGAAGACCAAGUAGAGAGGAGCUUCAUCUUAGCCUGCUAGCCCCCUGACCCUGCAUGUUUAACACCAGGGAGCUUGGAAAACAAUAAACAUCUGUGUGUGCAGCAGCCAAAAUCUCUGACUGUGAGGGACAGAUGAGCCUACUAGUGUAGAGAGAGGGAGAAGAGGCAGCACGGGAGGGUGGGUUCUCAACCACACACCCUUCACUCUGCUUAGCCUUAUGCCUACCAGCCAUCAGUUAGCAUUCCUCCUCAACAGCUGCUUCCAAGAACAGGAUGGAAGAAUAUAUUUGGAGUAAAGAGAUGAACCAGAUGUGGAGGUAAAAGUAUCUACUACUUGUGUUCACACAUUACUGAUAUCCACCUCUCCACCCCCACCCCUCAAAAGGGUGUAGCAAUUCCUCAUGUGAUGGACUAUGACUAUAUCACAUAUUAGAUCCUUCCCUGUCCCUCCACCUUCCUCAUCUGUUGCAAUUCAGGUUUUUUGGGUGGAGGAGUAGAAGCCAGCUAAGGUUGCCUGACUUCUAUUACAAAUUUGUUCCAGAGCUGGGGUAAGGGGAGAGUCUAUUUUCAACACCCAGCCCAGAACUAAGUUUUACCCCACAUCACCUCCAUCAUGGGGCACAUGGGACAGAAGAGCUUACUGACUGCUAAGGGUAGCUCAGGAAGAUGGCCAGAUGAGGCAGGCUGCCAGGAUUCCAAGAGCAAGAGUUCUGGUGCACUGAAGAAAAAGCAAUUAAAUCACAACAGAGUCA